AUGCCGCUCAAUUUGUGGGACUGGUUUCUGACGCCACCCGAGAAGGCCAACGUGGCGCGAUUCACGGCGCGGAUCGAGGACCGCUCCAUCACGUCCAAGGUCAUGGCGCCCUUCUGGGAUUACGUAGCGCAAUUCGUGCCCGACCACGUAGCGCCCAACGUGCUCUCCCUCUCCGGCCUCAUGUGCCUCGUGCACGCCUACUACCUCUGCUACAUGUACAUGGACCAAUUCCCGCGUUUGAUUACGGCGGCUGCGGUGAUCUUGGCCUUCGCCUUCCAAACGCUCGACUCCAUCGACGGCAGACACGCCCGCCGCAUCCGAAACCAUUCGCCCAUCGGCGAGCUGUUCGCGUUCUGCUGUGCCAACGUGGGCACCAUCUUCCUCUCCCUCGUCCUUUGCGCCAUCGUCGGCAUCAAGGACACGGACCUGCAGUGGUACAUCGUGCAGACGGCGCAGGUGCUGUUCAUGCACAAACACUUCUCGGCCUUCCGCAACGGCGUCCUCCGCUUCUCCAUCCUCACCGGACCCGGCGAGGCCCUCUUCGCCUUCAACAUCAUCGCGCUGGUGAGGGCGGUGGUCGGGUUGGAUUGGUUCUACGCGCUCCUCCACACGCUGCCCAUCGACUUCACCCUCCAGCAGGCCGCGCUGCUGCUGCCCAAGGAGCACUACUCGACCCGCAACGGCCUCGUCUUCUGCCUCCUCUACCGCGUCAUCCCCGCCCUCACCAUCCAAUUCGUCGUCGGCCGGGCUCGUUCGACGCACUGGGACAUCAUCUGCGACGGCAUCUUCAUGUCCGUCGUCACCUCCGACCUCAUCCUCGCCACCAUGGCGAAGCGGGAGCUGCAUCCGUGGGUGGUGGUGUUCGCGAUGCUGUCGCUGUUCCACAACCUGGCCACCUUCUCCGUGUGCCUCUUCUACUACGUGGCCGUGUUCGCCGACCUGUGCCACGAGAUGAACCUGCCCAUGUUCAGCGUGUGCCGCAACGUCUACGCCAGCGGCGUGUUCGAUCUCUGCCACGUCGGUCACAUGCGUUUGUUCGAGAACGCGCUGCGCUUCGGGACGCGUCUGUACGUGGGCGUGUGCAACGACGAGGACUGCGAGGUGUACAAGCGCCGGCCCAUCAUGACCCACAAGGAGCGGUGCGAGGCCGUCGCCGCCUGCAAGUUCGUCCACGAGGUCAUCCCCAACGCCCCCUGCUUCGACCUCCCCGUCCAAUUCCUGUUGAAGCACAACAUCCACGUGGUGGCGCUGAGCCCCGAGUACGACACGCCCGACGACCAGUUCUACGCCGGCGCGCGCGAGCUCGGUAUUACGAAGGUGCUGCCGCGCACGGAGGGCAUGUCGACAUCGGAGCUCAUCCGCCGCAUCAAAGACCACCCCAACCUGUAA